AGAGAGGAUGACAUGAAUGAACAACCCUGAGAGAGAGAGAGAGAGAGAGAGAGAGAGAGAGGGUGAUGCUAAAAGGAGCGGACGCGCUCGCGGCGACUCACUCGUGUCGAUCUCGCGCGCCGUCCUUUAUGACGUCACGUCCAGCGCUCGCUCCUCCGCGGGACGCGAGCGUCGCGAAGCCUUCUCCAGACGCCCAGACGCUCGCUAUGAGCCGGAUUGUAUGACGGAGUCCCGGCAGCAGCAGCAGCAUCUCCUCCGCCGGACACGACAUGGACGACUCGGGGAUAAUCAGACGCAGGCGGCUCCAGGAUCUUCCUCUGCCCCGUAAAAACAGCAGUUGCCGUAGUAACCGGAAGAGCUUGAUCCUGACCUCCACCUCCCCGACUCUGCCCCGCCCACAUUCCCCGUUACCAGGACACAUCGGAAGUAGUCCUCUGGACAGCCCUCGAAACUUCUCUCCCAGCACUCCGGCACACUUCUCCUUCGCUUCCUCAAGACGGGAUGGGCGGCGAUGGUCUCUGGCGUCUCUUCCGUCCUCUGGAUACGGGACAAACACUCCCAGCUCAACGUCCUCCAGCUCGUCUCAGGAGCGUCUGCACCAGCUCCCGUCUCAGCCCACCAUGGACGAGCUGCACUUCCUGUCCAAACACUUCGGCAGCACCGAGAGCAUCACUGACGAUGACGGGGGGCGCUGCUCACCCCACAUAAGACCCCGCUCGCGCAGCCUGAGUCCGGGCCGCUCUCACUCCUGCUACGACAAUGAAAUAAUCAUGAUGAAUCAUGUUUACAGGGAGCGUUUCCCUAAGGCCACGGCGCAGAUGGAGGGCAGGUUGUGUGACUUCAUGCACUCAUACUGUCCUGAGAGCGUUCUGCCGCUGGCCGACGGGGUCCUGAGCUUCAUCCACCACCAGAUCAUUGAGCUGUCCAGAGACUGCCUCACCAAAUCUAAGGAGGGUCUCAUUACGUCCAUCUACUUCUUUGAGCUGCAGGAGAACCUGGAGAAACUUCUGGAUGACGCUUACAAGCGGUCAGAAAGUUCAGAGUUGACCUUCGUCACUGAGCUGGUGAAGAAACUCCUCUUCAUCAUCGCUCGACCUGCUCGACUUUUGGAGUGCUUGGAGUUUAACCCUGAAGAGUUCUACCAUCUGCUGGAGGCGGCUGAAGAUCACGCUAAAGAAGGACACCUGAUGAAGACCGAUAUCCCGCGAUACAUCAUCAGUCAGCUGGGUCUGACCAGAGACCCUCUGGAGGAGAUGGUCAGUCGAGAGCAUUACGACAGCGAGGGACCCGUCACACCGGAGACAGACGACUCUGCAGAGGGAAAAAUAAAACCCAUGAAGCCACCUGGAGAGGCAGAUUUCCAGACCAUCAAACUUAUCAGCAAUGGAGCCUACGGCGCGGUGUAUCUGGUCCGCCAUCUGGAGACGCGACAGCGCUUUGCUAUGAAGAAAAUCAACAAACAGAACCUGAUUCUGAGGAACCAGAUCCAGCAGGCGUUUGUGGAGCGAGACAUCUUGACAUUCGCAGAGAACCCGUUCGUGGUCAGCAUGUUCUGCUCCUUUGAGACCAGAAGACACCUGUGUAUGGUCAUGGAGUACGUGGAGGGAGGCGACUGUGCAACACUGCUAAAGAAUAUUGGAGCAUUGCCCGUGGAAAUGGCGCGCAUGUACUUCGCUGAAACAGUCCUGGCUCUCGAAUACAUACAUAACUAUGGAAUUGUGCACCGAGAUCUCAAACCAGACAAUCUGCUGAUCACAUCAAUGGGUCACAUUAAACUCACUGAUUUCGGUUUGUCAAAAAUGGGUCUCAUGAGUCUCACCACAAAUCUGUAUGAGGGACACAUCGAGAAGGACACCAGGGAGUUCUUGGAUAAACAGGUUUGCGGCACCCCAGAGUACAUCGCCCCAGAAGUCAUCUUGCGACAGGGUUACGGCAAGCCGGUGGACUGGUGGGCCAUGGGCAUCAUCCUCUACGAGUUCCUGGUGGGCUGCGUGCCAUUUUUUGGUGACACACCAGAGGAGCUGUUUGGUCAGGUGAUCACAGAUGAUAUUGCGUGGCCUGAGGAUGAUGAUGCUCUCCCCGCUGACGCACAGCACCUGAUCUCAUGUCUCCUGCAGACCAACCCGCUGCUCAGACUGGGCACAGGUGGAGCCUUCGAGGUGAAGCAGCAUCCGUUCUUCUGUGAUCUGGACUGGAGCAGCUUGCUCCGACAGAAAGCCGAGUUCAUCCCUCAUCUGGAGUCAGAGGAGGACACCAGCUACUUCGACACGCGAUCAGAGCGAUAUCAUCACGUUCAAUCGUACGAUGAGGACGACACCAAUGACGACGAGCCAGUGGAGAUUCAUCGCUUCUCCUCCUGCUCUCCACGCUUCAGCAAGGUGUACAGCAGCAUGGAGCAUCUGUCGCAGCUGGAGCACAAACCCGUGGUGACCCGCAGAGAGCCCAAAGCUCACAGAGAAGAUCGCAGUAAGAGAGAAAGUCUGGGCAGCGUGACCCUUCGAGACAAGAGCUGGAGAACCGGAUCCCCGGAGAUGAAGCGUUUGUCAUGUUCAGAGUCGUCUUUCACCGAAUCAGACUCCAGUCCCCCUGGCGCUCGCCGGCGUUUCUCUGCACUGAUGGACACGCACCGCUUCGCUUCUACACUAGAGGGAGACGUUGACGGACACACUCGACAAACACCCAUGAAAACCAGGGGCUCGUCACUAGAGGGCGCCAGCGUGCCCGUCUGCUCCGGACCGGUGGAGUUCAGCUCUGCAGCAUCAGUUGGGCCUCCUGGAGAUAAACACCUGCGGCCUGCUGAUGCCUCUGCUGCCGCUGCCGCUCCCGCCGUUCCUCUACACAUGCCAGACUCAUUUGGGCCCCGUGUCGGAAGCGACCUCGUCUUACGAAGAGCGCGACAUCAUCAAAUUUCCACCGACAGCGAGAAACGCAGCGCGACUCGCUCUGGAACCAAAGUCAUAAAAUCAGCCUCCGCCACGGCCCUGUCUGUCAUCAUACCUGCAGUUGAGCAGCAUGGUACGUCACCACUAGCCAGUCCUAUGUCUCCUCGAUCCAUCUCGUCCAAUCCCUCGUCUCGUGACUCUUCUCCGAGUCGUGACUACUCACCUACAGUUAAUGUCCUGCGCUCACCGAUCACCAUCCAUCGCUCUGGAAAGAAGUAUGGCUUCACUUUGCGAGCCAUCAGAGUCUACAUGGGUGACAGUAACGUCUACAGCGUACAUCACAUGGUCUGGCAUGUCGAGUGUGGUGGGCCGGCCCAAGAGGCGGGGCUAUGUGCUGGCGACCUCAUCACCCAUGUGAACGGGGAGUCUGUUCAUGGAUUGGUGCACACAGAGGUGGUGGAGCUCAUUCUGAAGAGUGGCAGCAAAGUGACAGUAACCACCACCCCAUUCGAAAACACCUCCAUAAAGAUUGGACCAGCAAGGAAGCUUAGCUACAAAGCCAAGAUGGCCAGACGCAACAAGAGGUCAGCUGCAAAAGAUGGUCAAGAGAGUAAGAAGCGCAGCUCUCUCUUUCGCAAGAUCACAAAACAGUCCAAUCUUCUUCACACUAGUCGCAGUCUGUCCUCUCUGAAUCGCUCGCUCUCAUCUGGAGACAGUCUGCCUGGAUCACCGACACACAACCUGUCUGCUCGCUCGCCCACGCAGACGUAUCGCUCUCCUCCAGACUCCGCCUACCUCGGCACCUCGUCCCAGAGCAGCUCACCCGCGUCCAGCACGCCAAACUCGCCUGCGACAUCGCAGCACAUGCGGCCAAGCUCUCUUUACGGUCUCUCGCCCAAACUCCACCGGCAGUACCGUUCAGCUCGCUGCAAAUCUGCCGGGAACAUUCCUCUGUCUCCACUGGCCCACACGCCAUCCCCUACUUCAUCUUCCCCGCCGCCCAUCGCUGGACAUACUGUAGGCAGCUCCAACACCACCCAAGCCUUCCCUGCCAAGCUCCACGCCUCUCCUCCAAUUACACGCCCCCGACCCAAGAGCGCAGAACCGCCCCGUUCACCUCUCCUACAAAGGGUGCAAUCAACCGAGAAGCUUGGGCCGCCCCCUCCACCUACAUUUCCAUCAUCCACAUCUUCUGUGGGCUCAGACAGAAAAGGUGGACUUUGCGUGUCCAUGAGGAAGCAUGGUUUGGAGGUUGUGCAUGCAGAAUACCGCCGGGAGUCAUUCCACUGUGAACAUGCCCUCCAGAGCUUGAUGGAAAUUGAGGGCGAAAACACACCCGGUGCUCCGCCGUCUCCACCCGACCAGAUGACAACACAAACAAUGAGUCCAGUGAGGCACCUCGGCAGACAGGUCUCGACAGCUGGACAAGAAUCAGAGGGGAAAGUGAGGCAGCCUGAUUUAACUGAAGCAGUUUUAAGGACUGCGCUAAAAACCCAACCAGUAGCAACCACCUUGGAUCCUAAAUCCUCAACCCAGUUUGGUGAGCCACCUCAGAAGGAAAAAGUGGCCUCCAAAUCUGAGUCUUCUCAAAUUGUCUCGACAGCGAAGGAGGCAGCCAGGGAUGUGGGAAAAAUCGAAUCACUUUAUGCAAUGGGAUCUGGUCCCAAGGUCCCAGAACGACUGCCAGAUGUCCAGAGCUCUGGAGCACAGGAACUCCAUAGCCUUCAAACUGAUGGUUCUAAAGGGCUGGAAAAAGGCAAAGAGAUGGGAAAGAUCCCAGUGAAUGAGAAAACUGCAAAGACAAUGGCUCUUGAUGCAAGCAAGUCAAGUAAAGGACCUUUGAAUAUUGAGGGGACUCGGCCUAGUUCUGUUGGGACAACGAAAGUCUCAGAAGCAGUUCCUGCCCAGUCCAAAACUAUUGAAGAACGGGUUCAAACCCCAUCAGUGUCAGCCAGAGUCCCUCAAGAGGAAAAAUGUCGCCUGGAAGCGGCUGAAGAGUCCCCGGCCUCUCCGUCCCCAACCCCUAGAUCGCCUUGCACAAGCAAAUCACGUGCCAUAUCUCCCGGUGACAGGUCAAGUUUUGUGACGCAGCUCACCAGUGUGGCAAAAACCGUGCUCGGGCCAAUGAAGUUGGGCUCUCAGGAUGGUGGAAAGGCUAAGGACAGCUCCAAAACCAACGAGGACAAACGAGCCGCUACGUUGGGAAAGUCUGAAGCCUCAUCUGGGAGUCGUCGUGGGUUGACGGGAACAUGGCCCGGUCCUGGAUCAUCAAAGCCUGAAAAGGCAUCAAAGAGCUCUUCCAAGCAUUCUUAAUAUUCUUAACAGGAAUAUUCUGUUUGGAACAUUAAAUGCAAUGUGUUCCCAAUAAUUGCCCUGUUGACUAUUAAAAAAAAACUCUACAGCCAUUAAACCAACAUAUAAACAGAACAAAAAAAGUAAAGUAAAGGUGCUUCAAAAUGACUGUUGUUAAAUAUGUUUGUUUGUGCAUAUGUCGUAAGAAUAUAUCCACCAUCAUAUGUGGAUGUAGAAUAAAGCAGUAUGUCUCUCUAGAUGCAUGUUACAUGUAUAUUGUGAAUAGAAGAGUCAAAAAAAAAGAUAUGAAAAAUGAAAGACCUAAUGCUAGUGAACACUGCACAUCAAUCAUUCCUGCCCGGCCUGUAGAGGGCAUGACAUGUCAUCCAUCACCAUAUCGACCAAUCAGUUUGCCAGAUUUAGAAAGGAGAGGUAGUUAAAGUGUUUACCUAGUGACCAACGCCAUUGAACUAAGCGAUCUCAGUCCAGUACCUCAGCUAUACUGUUAAAAUGCCAACAGCAGUGCUGUAAUAGAGGCAUCAGAUUGCCUAACUAGAGGUUUAGGAGGGUUACACUGGCAGAAAAGGGAAAUGAUUGUUGCACAAGGACAGAACUGUGUAUAAGUGCUUGUUUCUGCUGUCUUAAUUACAUUUGCACUGGAAAUGCCCAGUAAAAGUCAACAUGAAAUCAAUUUACUUUCCUAAUGGAUUGCUAUUUUAUUUAAUUUGCAUCCACUCUGACUAAGAUCUGUAGUAAAAUACCUACUUAAUAGGAAAUGCAGUCUUUUCUACUGACUACUUCAUUGAGAAAUUGAAUGCCAAUUAGCAAAAUGGCAGUAAUAGCACAUAAACACAGAAUUGGAAAGGAAGCAUGACCGUUAUGGAAGUAAAUUGGGUUGAGGAUGUCAUUUCAUGUUGACUUUCAUGUGGAUGAAUUGAAUUAUCUUUGGAAAGAAGUAGAAGAGAGUAUAUAUAGUUUUAAUUUGCUACUCUGAGACUGGAGGGAAAACCUCAAGAAUGGCAUUGCUAUGAAAUAAUAUUGAGAUUAUUAGAUGAACUCGGGUCACUAUGAUGUCAUCGUGUUAGAUUAUAUAUAUAUAUAUAUAUAUUAUAGGUCAG